AUGGCCCACCAAGCACAUGCAUAUCAUAUGGUCGAUCCUAGCCCAUGGCCCUUAACCGGCGCAGUAGCUGCUCUCCUAAUAACAUCAGGUUUAGCAAUCUGAUUCCAUUUUCAUUCAACAACCUUAAUAACACUAGGUCUAGUACUAUUGCUCCUCACCAUAUACCAAUGAUGACGAGACAUUGUACGGGAAGGCACUUUCCAAGGUCACCACACACCCCCUGUACAAAAAGGCCUACGAUAUGGCAUAAUCCUCUUCAUCACAUCAGAAGUUUUCUUCUUCCUAGGAUUUUUCUGAGCAUUCUACCACUCCAGUCUCGCUCCCACCCCAGAACUUGGAGGAUGUUGACCACCCACUGGAGUUAUAACCUUAGACCCCUUUGAAGUCCCACUACUUAACACCGCCGUCCUACUAGCAUCUGGCGUAACCGUCACAUGAGCACACCACAGCCUAAUAGAAGGGGAACGCAAACAAGCUAUUCAAUCCCUUAUCCUUACAAUUCUACUAGGCCUAUACUUCACCGCUCUCCAAGCCAUAGAAUAUUACGAAGCCCCCUUUACCAUUGCAGAUGGAGUAUAUGGUUCAACAUUCUUUGUAGCAACAGGAUUCCAUGGACUUCAUGUCAUUAUUGGCACAUCUUUCCUGGCUGUCUGCCUCCUACGACAAAUCCAAUACCAUUUUACAUCAGAACACCACUUUGGAUUCGAAGCAGCUGCCUGAUAUUGACACUUCGUAGAUGUUGUAUGAUUAUUCCUAUAUGUCUCUAUUUACUGAUGAGGCUCAU